CAUUCUGGGUUCGGUCGGAUUCGCAAUGGAAUUGCCCAAGGACAAUAUACUACAUUACGAAUCUGGAAAAAAUUGUUCCAAUUCUUUUUUGCAGAAGAUAAUUUUUGAAAAAUCGAAUGUAACUGAAAAAUAUACGAAUUCAGAAAAUGCAUUCUGUUCUGAAUCUUAUAUCUUUUCUGUAUAUUUCCGUUAUUAAUAUUCAUUCGAAAUCCUCCAUUCAUCCUAAUCUUGAUUUGAUCCGAUCAUAUAAUGUAAUUGAAGUAAACACCGAUUUUGGAAAUAAGAAUAUACCAGAGCCUCUCCGAUUAAGUAAGCAUUAUAUUUCUGUCCAGUUCUAUGCUUACGGAAGGACAUUCAGGCUUUCUUUGCUGGAAGACAGGUCUAUUUUUACUCCCCACAGUAUGGUAUUCAUACACAAAAAUAAUAAGAUUAUCAAAAUGUAUCCACGUAACGUCCUCGGUUCCUCCAUUUUCGAAGGAAUUAUUGAGGGGGAGAGUAGAUCAUUAGUCAAUGGAUACUUUGAUGGUGGCAUUUUCACUGGGCGAGUCGAUACGGGUGAAGAAAUUUAUUACCUCGAACCGGCUUCUGUUCAUCUAAAAGAUGAAAUUUACGCGGAUAAAGUCAUGAUCUAUAAAGAAAAAGACGUAUUGCCUGUAGGUUGCAAAUUCCAGGAUGGUAAACAUGUUUGUCGGGAACAUUCAAGAACCGCAGAUGACACGGUUUCUAUUGAAGAAAUGCAUUUUCACCCAUUUAAUGUUUCAGAAAUAUUACAGACUGAAUCAAUGGAGAUCGAAAGAAAUUUAAAAUGUGAAUUAGAACUUCUUGCGGAUCAUACCUUUUCUUCCUAUAAGAAAAACGAUCGCUCAAGUAUCAUCGCUGCAAUGAUAUAUCAUGUGAAAUUAGCCGAUAAAAUAUUUCGUUUUACCGAUGUGGACAAUGAUUUAGUAGCAGAUGGCAUAGGAUUCCUUGUAAAUAAAAUCUCCAUUUUCGAAGAUAAAAAUCAACCGGGUUAUCCACUGAAAGAAAACAGCAGCAAUAGUGAUACCGUUUUUAGAUCGUUGACCUCGUACAAUCAACGGCAAUGUCUGUUAGUUGCUUUCGCUCACAGAGACUUCGAUGGUGGGGUGAUUGGGAAAGCUUUUGUGCCAUCUCCUAGAGGAGUUGGAGGAAUCUGUUCACGUUUACGUGGUCAAAGCGUCAAUAAUAAUCUUAUCACGAUACGUAACUCGGGUCAAGUUUUACCUGCGGUGAAAGUGACUCUAGCUACAACCCACGAAAUUGGGCACAGUUUUGGAAGCAAACAUGAUCCAGUAGAUGAUCCAAAUUGUUCUCCUGGAAUUUCCAUUGGCAAUUAUAUCAUGUAUCCAUCUGUGUCACAUGGUGAUAAAGGCAACAACUGGGUAUUUUCGUCGUGCAGCCGAAAAAUGAUGAAGGACGUUAUCAUCGCCAACGGUCGUUGUUUAAAAAAGCAAACAACUGCUGUCUGCGGAAAUUCGAUAACAGAAGACGGAGAAGAGUGCGACUGCGGCCAGCAAUGUAACACUUUAGAUAAAUGUUGCGUUCCACCGGGAUCCUACGAUGAGUGUACCAUUAAGAAAAGCCAAGGAGUCCAGUGUAGUCCUCGUGAAGGACAGUGCUGUACAGAUGAUUGUAAAAUUGUUUCGGCGGAAGCCCAAACUCUAUGUUUUAUCAAUCUUCCUUGCCGGAAAAGAAUUUCUAUGUGUGAUGGACUUUCGUCAUUUUGUCCAGAAACAUUUGUACCUGAUGGUACACCAUGUAUGGAAUCUAUUCGUACGUGCUUUUCUGGCAUUUGCAGAAGCGACGUUUGUAACGAUAACAACUUGCGAAGUUGCGAAUGUUCCGUUUUGAGCGGGAAAGAAUGCCAUGUUUGCUGUUUGGAUACUUCCAACACAUGCCAUUCCGUUCUAGAUUUAAACAUCAGAGUUUCAAAUGGAAGAUAUUUUAAGCUUCACGGAACGCCUUGCAAUUACAAUAGAGGAAAAUGCAGAAGCAAUGGAACGUGUUCGAGAGACGCACCCGAAGGAACGCGUUUUCCGCCCAGAUUGACACGGAGUCCAACAAGAUUUCAGACAAUUCGACCAAGGUUUACACCACGAAGACCAACUUUUCGACCAUGGUAUACACGUCCGAGAGCAACGCGGUCAUUUCCAACACAACCACCUCGGUUUCCUCCAAGACAGCCUCCUUCACCGAGAAUACCGCCAAAGUAUCCACCUUUUCCUCCACCAAGAAUACCGCCGCAAUACCCCCCUUUUCCUCCGAGAUCACCUCCCGAUUCGGGGCCUCGCAAAUUUGAGAGGGGACUUAAUUAUUCCACUAUAUACAAAUUUUGGCCAUUCUUCUUACCAUUGCCUAUACUCUUUGUAUUCAUAGUAGUAAUUUACAUAUGUUCUUGUAGACAGUGACUAUCUUAAAAACUAUUUACAUUAUCUAAAUUAAAACAUUUGUGCGUAUGUAAAUACGAAUUUAGUGUGUGUGUCUUAUGAAAUUCUCGUAAAAAGCAUCGUAG